AUGAUAGAUGAAGCAGACCUACAAUCAAAGAAAUGUGACCUACAAUCAAAGGAAUGUGACCUACAAUCAAAGGAAUGUGACCUACAAUCAAAGGAAGCUGACCUACAAUCAAAGGAAUGUGACCUACAAUCAAAGGAAUGUGACCUACAAUCAAAGGGAUGUGACCUACAAUCAAAGGAACCUGACCUACAAUCGAAGGAAUGUGACCUACAAUCAAAGGAAUGUGACCUACAAUCAAAGGAAUGUGACCUACAAUCAAAGGAAUGUGACCUACAAUCGAAGGAAUGUGACCUACAAUCAAAGGAAUGUGACCUACAAUCAAAGGAACCUGACCUACAAUCGAAGGAAUGUGACCUACAAUCAAAGGAAUGUGACCUACAAUCGAAGGAAUGUGACCUACAAUCAAAGGAAUGUGACCUACAAUCAAAGGAAUGUGACCUACAAUCAAAGGAAUGUGACCUACAAUCAAAGGAAUGUGACCUACAAUCAAAGGAAUGUGACCUACAAUCAAAGGGAUCUGACCUACAAUCAAAGGAAUGUGACCUACAAUCAAAGGAACCUGACCUACAAUCAAAGGAAUGUGACCUACAAUCAAAGGAACCUGACCUACAAUCAAAGGGAUCUGACCUACAAUCAAAGGAAUGUGACCUACAAUCAAAGGAAUGUGACCUACAAUCGAAGGAAUGUGACCUACAAUCAAAGGAAUGUGACCUACAAUCAAAGGGAUCUGACCUACAAUCAAAGGAAUGUGACCUACAAUCAAAGGAACCUGACCUACAAUCAAAGGGAUCUGACCUACAAUCAAAGGAAUCUGACCUACAAUCAAAGGAAUGUGACCUACAAUCAAAGGAAUGUGACCUACAAUCAAAGGAAUCUGACCUACAAUCAAAGGAAUGUGACCUACAAUCAAAGGAAUGUGACCUACAAUCAAAGGGAUCUGACCUACAAUCAAAGGAAUCUGACCUACAAUCAAAGGAAUGUGACCUACAAUCAAAGGAAUCUGACCUACAAUCAAAGGAAUCUGACCUACAAUCAAAGGAAUGUGACCUACAAUCAAAGGAAUGUGACCUACAAUCAAAGGGAUCUGACCUACAAUCAAAGGAACCUGACCUACAAUCGAAGGAAUGUGACCUACAAUCAAAGGAAUGUGACCUACAAUCAAAGGAAUGUGACCUACAAUCAAAGGAAGCUGACCUACAAUCAAAGGAAUGUGACCAAAAAUCAAAGGAAUCUGACCUGUUCAGACGACGACUUGUACAGGUGCCACGUCACAAAUCGCGUCAAAAGCGCCGCACACGAAGCCCUCUUCACCCCGUACACCGAGACAAACAAAACAGAAUUUACAUUUACAGUUGA